CGCCAUGUGGUCUUUGACUUUCUCUGUUUUAAAGGUUAUUAGGCCCGAGAAACGUAGCGUUAAAAUAAAGACAUUUAAAUGGCACUCGAAUUCACGUCACAAUAAUGUUGAAGCCAUCAUGAAACAAAUCAAUAACAUCCCUCUGAUUUUGUCAGCGCGCCGAUCGAGCGAGUGUGUGUUUGUGUGUGUGCGCGCGCGUUAAUAACAGCUGUUCGGAACACAGCGUGCUCGCGCUGACUUUAUCUUGGCACGAGUGUGUGAAACUGAACGAGAGGAGCGCUGUCCGUGGGAACUCUUCAUGACAAGAUCACACGGGACACUGAGAGCUACAGUGAAUAGAGCAGCCCAUUGGUUUUGUUCUCAAAAUAAAUAUAGUUCGCCGUUUCUUAAAAGUCCUUUCAUGUGAUGAAAAUAUGACGUGAUGUGCUCAUCUGCGCGUCACAGAAAACAUCAACAAAGAGCUCAAGGUGAGAUAUAAUUCACGUUUAUUGUUCUCUGGAGCAUUGGCUGAGUGCACUGACAAUCUGCGUUGUAGAUGUUUCUUUUUGGCUGCACUGUAAUAAGUUUAGUUCAAACUCUCUGCUGGAAAACAACGAUAAGCACCAUCACUGAGUUUGUAAUGGUUUCAUUGGUUUAAAUGGAAACUGUAAUAGUCUCUACUGGUAAUCGAUCACCUUCUAUUGUUGCUUGUUAAAACCAAUAACAUCCUAAUGGAAUGUGUCCCAGAACACAUUGGACAAAACAAUUUUUAAUGGUUUUUAUAUUUAAAAGUUGAUGGUUUGUAAUGUUUGCAAUGGUAUAUGUAGUGCAAACCAUUAGAAUUUCGCUUAUGGAAACCCUAUACAUGGAAUAUAUGCAGUACCUGUGUGUAAUUGUCCAAUGUUUUCAUUCAGUUUCAUUCAGUAGGUCCUGUUCUUGUUGUUGAGGACAUUUCACCAGCACUAUCUGUGCGGUUGUCUUGCAGUAAUAUUUCUUUUAAUAAAUAUGUUUGGGAAAUGAGAUUCCUGUCGGCAGGUCAUGUCCAUAUUAGCCAGUGUGUAUUAUAUUGUUGAAUGCAUUGAGUUUGAGUUAGCAGCACAGAAUAAGCCACACACACACACUGAUGAUCAGGAUAGAUGGUGUUUCACUGGUCUGAGGAUGAGCAUGAUUCCUGCAGCGUCAUCACUGUGUGUUUUCUGGAGGUCAUGAGAACGCUGAGUCAUUCUGCAGAGGAUCUUCAGCUUUCAUCAGGUGAGACGCUCUGUAAGAUGAUCCAGUGUCAUUACUAUUUCAGCAAUUUCCACAGAAAGACCUUGAGAGGCUGGCUACGGGAAAACACACUGCAAACCACCAAAGGUCAUCAUUUGACUAAUGAUAAUUAGAAUACAAGAACUUCAAGCAGAAAGCUGAAUAAGUGAUUGCAUAUCAUUAGCACACACACACACACUUCAUGUUCAGUAAACUGCAUUGCGUUUCAGUCCAUGUAAUGCAUUUAUUGCCCAAUGAUUUAAUCUAUGCUAGAUAUCACAUUGACUUAUUAGUGACAAUGAUCAAUGACUGACCAAGGAAUGCUAAUAGCCAUUAUUAUUGCAAACACACAAUACAACAGCAGAAAUGUUGCUGUGUGCUGUGAAACAGGCCUUAAAUGGCCACAAAUGAACCAGUACCGGAGGCUUGAUGAGGAUCAUAGAAAGUGACAGGAAUACAGACUGAAACUGCAAUAGUGGAACAAACUGUCAAACCCAAUAUCAGUCAAACACAUCACUUAAACUGCUGUUUUGGUGAAAGCACAUGUGAUUGGGUGGAGAUUUAAGUAGCUAUGUAUAACAGAUUCAUUCAUUUGUCCAGGUUUCAAACAGUUCGAUACAUGUAUGCAAUUGUUUUUGACGCCCUUGCCGAGAGCUUGACCAGCUUUACUACAUGAGGUCUGAGUCUGCUUACUCUCCACAAGCUGGUUUUGUUGCCUUCGGCUUAUUCACUGAAGGCAUUAAGACUUUAUCUGUCUUUACACAAGUAUGCAUUGUAAAAACCCUAUGCAGGUAAACCUGACUUGAAUCUUGAGCUUAGUUUUUAUACUUCCAAAAAAGCACUGUACUGUAAGUUGGCGGUUGUUGAUGAAUCGUGAAUCGUGUGUGUGUGUGUGUGUGUGUCAGAGGGUGUGGGUCGAGAUCCUCUCAGCACGCCUGCACAGAAAGAUAACGCUGAUGGAGCUCAGUGAAUGAUUAUCUGUAGGAGCCAAGAGAGUCGGACGGUGUGACAGACCCGAGCUGCUCAGCGCUGGAGUGGAGCCGCUUUAGCUCGUGUGCUCAUUAACGUGUUUGAAGCAGCCGGCUGGGUGAAGAACACACACACACAGUGAUGACGGACCAGGACACGCUCGACGUGGAAGAUCCUCCUCCAGCAUACAUGAUCUUCCUGCUGGUGUUCCUCUUCUUCAUCACGGGUCUUCUGGGAUUCCUGAUCUGUCACUGUCUGAAGAAGAAGGGCUACCGCUGCGAGCUGGAGGAGGACGAGGAAAACUGUGAAGACAAACUGGAGGCGGAGAAAGAUGAUGAAUCAGAAGACAGUCAAGACACAGUGGAACAAAUCCUGAAAUGCAUCAUUGAGAAUGAAGCCAAUAUGGAGGCUUUCAAAGAGAUGCUGGUUGGCCAAAAUGUUUGCGAACUUCACGAUCCACGCUUGCGGCACAAAGAUAGCGUCGGUGGUCUUCCCCUUCACCAUCACACAGUUCAUCUGGGAGGAGAGAUCAGCUCGUGUGUUCACUGUAUGCAGAGCCACGUAUUAAAAACUCGCCGCAGGAGCCGAGUGUCUCGAAGCAGAGCCCGGACGGGAGAGCAGACCGUGUUUUCUGUGGGCAGAUUUCGUGUCACUCACAUGGAGAAGAGGAACAGCCUGCAGGGUUCGAUGAAUCUUCCUACAACAAAGCCUGGGAACACAUCGAAUGACACAACUCUCUCAGACAGCAGGACGGGGCUUAAAGACACUUCCAAAAAACCUCAGGAGGAAUACAACAUCCGCAACAUGUUCAAAGAAGCUGGAGCGGUGAACGGCAAAGUCCCCAACCUCAGCAAACGCAAGAAAAGUGUGACACUGCUGGGCUUCUAUAAGGCUGGUAGUGCUGUGGAGACUAAAGCAGGACAGGAGGUGUGUGUGGAGGACAAGGAGUCGUCGAGCACCGCUGAUCAGUUAUCUGAAUGCUGGAGCUCCGGCGCUGCGUCUCCCACAGAUCUCACCAAAACCGCUUUAGAUAAAAACUCAAAUAAAGCCUGCGUGAGUCAAUUACAGGAGACUCUGAGAGAGAGCAGCCCAGAGAACCAGAAGACUGAUGAAGACACUUUACAAGAGAAACCACAGGACAAAAUCAGUGCAAACACAACGGUGAUUGUUGGUGAUGGUUCUAAUGGCAGCUCUAGGUUUUCUGUGAUACGGACUGUGGAAGAGACGAUCAUCACAACUGAAGCUAACACAGACAACAGAGAUGAUACGACAACACACGAUAACCUGAAGACUGGACAAUAGACCCACAAACAUAACAUCAUAAGAUGAUCAAAUUGAUUUUUGAGAAUGAGACUCAAAUUUGCCACAACGCUGCUUUUACCAGUAAUACACUUUAUAUGUGAAUUAAUUGCAUAAUAAAGCUAUAUAUGAUGGGCCUUAUU